UGGAAUGUGGGGGAAAAGAGGAGAAAAAAAAACCACCACUUGAUGCUUGUCCAAACCUACUCGUGUUUAUACUGGAGCCUAGGAGUGACAUCAGAGCAGGGAAGAGUAUAAACACUUGCAGGACUUUACUCACAGACUUUAACAACUGCAGACACACUGCUGUCUCCUAACUGCCAGGGGAGGGAUGUGCUGAAGAGUCAGAAUGAAAACCCACCUCCUCUUCAUCUCCUUUCUCUGUCUCCUCUCCAAGGUGUAUACGCAGUAUUGCCAAACUCCAUGCUACUGCCCUUGGCUUCCUCCCCACUGCCCUCCUGGCUCCCCCUUAGUUCUGGAUGGAUGUGGCUGCUGCCAUAUCUGUGCCCGCAGGCUAGGAGAGCCCUGCAACCAUCUUCACGUGUGUGACAAGAGCCAAGGACUUGUCUGUGACUACAGCGCUGCCUCUGUGAGGAGAGGAGGAAUCUGCAAUUACGAGGAAGGAGAUGAUGACAGCUGCGAAGUCAAUGGGAAGAUCUACCAGGAUGGGGAAGUGUUCCAGCCAAGCUGUAAGAUUCAAUGCCGCUGCUCUGGAGGAGGUUUCACAUGUGUUCCCCUUUGCAAUGAGGAUGUGCGUCUCCCAACUCCGGACUGCCCGUAUCCAAGGCGUGUGGAGAUCCCAGGGAAGUGUUGUCAAGAAUGGAUUUGCGAAAGACAAGAUAGACAAAUUUUGCAGGAUAACGUGGCAGCACAAAGGUUGCCUGGGAUGGCGUCAAUCACUCUCCCCAGUCGGUGUGAAGAAUGGAGCACGGAGUGGUCUGCCUGUUCCACUAGCUGUGGUAUUGGGAUUUCCACACGAGUAUCUAAUGUGAAUCCAUACUGCAGACUUGAAAUGCAGAGGCGCUUGUGUUCUGUCAGACCUUGCCAAGGUUUCAUGGGAAUAACCAGCAUGAGAGGAAGAAGAAACCUUUAUAAACUGGUCCACAACAUUCAGAAGUUGACGUAUUGGCCUUAUCCCAGUAGCUGGACAAUCACAGGCCCAAGAUGCUGAUGUCCCUGUGGCAGUGGAAUAACCAUUCCAGAAUGGAGAGAAUAAAUGGCCUUCCUCAAAUGAAGGAGUAAUCUCACACCAAGGCUGAACCUUUCUUCUUCCUCGCUCCACUCUGAUGUACAAUAUUAUUUUUUUCAGUGAGAAAAAAAAGAUAAUUCGUUUUAAAGUCUUAUAAUGCUGACGUGUUUAUUGCCAGCUUGUGGCUACGAUUAUAAAUGCAUCCAUUGGGGAAACGAUGCUUUGUACCUGAGCUACUGUAAUUCAAAGAACUGUGCUCUGCUAAUCUCUCUGUGUUAUCUCUGUACUUAAAAAAAAAACAAACCAAACCAGUGAUCCUGCAGGUGAGGCAGUGCCCAUGGUUCAAAGUAGGUAAUUAUUUUUAGAAAGAAAGAAAUGGAUGCAAUGACAAACUGCCUCGUAGCAAAAUGUAAUGUCUAAAAGAGAACCCUGCAGACACAUAAUAGAAAAGCAAUAAUUACUAACAACAUAAAAAUAUAAGAAACAGAAGAGUUUUUGUUUUAACAAAUGUGUUUGUGGAUCAAAUGCAGCCUGAAAAAGUAAGGCCAGUCUUUAAUCACUUCCUAGUCUGUAUUAAAAUAGAAUGUAUUAUUUGAA